AGCAGUGGUGCAGCGUGCAGGCUGUGAGCACAGAGCCCUCAGCCUGCCUGUGUGAUGCAACCCCUCCUCCCCCUGCUGCUCAGGAGCGUCUGCUUGAAGCUGGGAACUGCACACAGCUGAGCUCAGAACUUUGGGAAUGGCUCUGAGAAGGCUGAGGAGCUGGGAGUCAGGAGCUCCGGCACGCCUGGGAGCUGAUACACACUGUAGGAGCCUUCACCUUUCCAAACCCUUCAUCUCUGCUAAGGACAGGGCAGACACAGCUCAAAGACGCUCGCAUCUGGAAGGAUCUCUAUUUGGACUCUGCUGCUGAUAACAGAGCCACUCACACCCACAGAGGAAGAGAGGAAAAUUAUUGGAAACAGCAAGAUACUUUUCAAAGCGAGGAGUGGAAGGAGGCAGAUUUUCCCCUCCUUCCCCUUUUGGGAGAAAGGAGUUGCCCAACCUAGUCAUGAGACUUUCUCACACUUCCCAGAGCAGGCUCCUGGAGCUAUGACACGGCACCACUGAGUCUGGGUGGCGUAGCCCAGCGCAGCCCCAGCAGCACGCCCUGAGUGCAGGCAACCUGGUAGGCACGGAGAAUGGAGAAUGAGGUUGGCAAAUCUGUGGACAAUCAAAUGGACAAAUACAUAGUUACAAUAAUGGGGAAAUCAGAAAGUCAAAUGGAUAUUGUGGAAAAAUCAACAAAAUCUGGGAAGAAAUCCUGGCGCUUUGUGGCCAUUGGGCUGGCUGUCCUGCUGCUCCUCAUGACUUGUUCUGCAGUCGCCCUGGUAAUCCUGUAUGCCAGCAGCAGAGGCACUCAGUAUGGUACCAAUUCAGGCAAUAUAUGUACCACACCUGGCUGUGUUACAGCAGCUGCUAGAAUAAUUCAGAAUAUGGACACAACAGCUGAUCCUUGCAAGGAUUUCUAUCAGUAUGCCUGUGGGGGCUGGCUGAACCGGCACGUUAUCCCAGAGACUAGCUCCAGAUACAGCAUUUUUGACAUCCUGAGAGACGAGCUGGAGAUCAUCCUAAAAGGUGUGCUGGAGACUUCAGAUCAAGGCGACAGAGAAGCAUUUCAGAAAGCUAAGAUACUUUACAAGUCAUGCAUGAAUGAGAGUCUUAUAGAGCAGCGAGAUUCAUUGCCUCUGCUAGAGGUCUUAACUAUGGUUGGAGAUUGGCCAGUGGCUUCUGCAGACUGGAAUAGCACCAAAGAACCAAGCUGGAGCAUGGAAGAGAAACUCUCCAUAAUGAACUCCAGAUUUAACAAACGUGUCCUCAUUGACAUGUUUGUAUGGAAUGAUGACCGGGAUUCCAGCAGACAUAUCAUCUAUAUUGACCAACCUAGUUUAGGAAUGCCGUCCAGAGAUUACUACUUUAAUGGGGGCAACUACCAAAGGGUGAGAGAAGCUUACCUGCAGUUCAUGAUCACUAUUGCUAAAAUGAUCCGAGAAGACAUGAAUAUAUCCAAAGAUGAUUUGUUUGUCCAAGAGGAGAUGGCAAAGGUUAUGAAGCUUGAAACAGAUAUUGCAAAUGCAACUACUCCAGCAGAAGAAAGGCAUGAUGUAACCUUGUUGUACAACAAAAUGACCUUAAAAGAGCUACAGGAGAAGUUUGCAUUGAACGAGUUUAACUGGACCUUCUUCAUCCAAGGUGUCAUGUCUUCAGUGAGUGUUCAGGUUGACCCAGAAGAAGAAGUUGUUGUAUAUGGCAUGCCCUACUUGCAAGAGCUGAAAGCAAUUAUCUCCAAGUACUCAGCAAGCACUAUCCAGAACUACCUCAUUUGGCGACUGGUAAUUGAUCGAGUCAGCAGCCUAAGUCGGCGUUUCAAGGAUGCUCGGGCCAGCUACAGGAAGGCUCUUUAUGGGACAACGCUGGAAGAAGCCCGCUGGAGAGAAUGCGUGAGUUACGUCAACAACAACAUGGAGAACGCAGUAGGAGCAAUGUAUGUCAGGGAGACAUUUGCUGGUGAGAGCAAGAGGAUGGUCCAAGAUUUAAUAGAUAAGAUUCGUGAAGUGUUCAUUGAGACCUUAGAUGAGUUACAGUGGAUGGAUGAGGCAUCUAAAGCAAAAGCUCGCGAGAAGGCGUUGGCAAUUAAAGAACAGAUUGGCUACCCAGAUUAUAUUUUGGAAGAUCAGAAUGAAAAGCUAGAUCAGGAAUAUGCCAAUCUGAACUUCAGUGAACACAAUUACUUUGAGAACAUCCUAGAAAAUCUGAGAGCUGGAGCCCAGAAGAGCUUGAAAAAACUUCGAGAAAGAGUUGACCAAGACAUAUGGAUAAUUGGAGCUGCAGUGGUCAAUGCAUUCUAUUCUCCGAAUCGGAAUCAGAUAGUUUUUCCUGCUGGGAUUCUACAGCCUCCAUUCUUCAGCAAACACCAACCACAAGCCCUGAACUUUGGAGGGAUUGGGAUGGUUAUUGGGCAUGAAAUUACUCAUGGCUUUGAUGACAAUGGUAGGAAUUUUGAUAAAGAUGGAAAUAUGUUUGACUGGUGGAGCAAUUUCUCAGCCAUGCAUUUCAAGGAGCAGUCUCGCUGCAUGGUUCAUCAGUAUGGAAACUACACGUGGGAGCUGGCUGGAGGACAAAAUGUCAGUGGAAUAAGCACAUUAGGAGAAAAUAUUGCAGAUAAUGGAGGAGUCCGACAGGCUUAUCAGGCUUAUUUAAAAUGGCUGGAACAGGAAGGGAAGGAACCAAUGUUGCCUGGACUGAAUCUAUCCCACAAGCAGCUUUUCUUCCUCAACUUUGCCCAGGUCUGGUGUGGUUCCUACAGACCAGAAUAUGCUAGCCAGUCAAUAAAGACAGAUGUUCACAGCCCUCUGAAAUACAGAGCAAUUAUCUCCAUGCACCGUUCCCAUACAAAUAAGUUUCUUCUCUUUGUUCAGGGUGAUGGGAUCUUUGCAGAACUUUGAAGCCUUUUCAGAGGUGUUUCACUGUAAAAAAGGCACUGCCAUGCAUCCUGCAGACAAAUGCAGAGUGUGGUAACCAAAGGACUACUGGCAAGAAUGACAUACACUGGUGACACAAUGAACAAUUCUUGCCAGCUAUGUGCCUGAUGUUCUCCCACUCAGUCACAGCCAAGGCUCAUGGUGCAGCUACUGUAGUGAGAAUCAAAGAAACUGCAGCACUGAGCUUUUAUGGUCCCACUGGGAAGUAUGCAAACAUCUCAGUGACUGAUGGGCCGUGCUGAACAGUGCGCGCCGGAACAGAACCGACUGUUGGAAAUGACAUCCUGACUGUUACUAAGAUACCACAUCAGGGUUACAAAGACUAAUUCUUAAAACCAACAAACAAACAAACACAACCCAACAAACCAACAAGCAACUGCACAUCUAUUUUUCAGAAAGCAACGAUUUUAAUAUGUCUUACGACACCUUCUGAGACUGAGCAAACCUGUUUGAGGUGUUCCACAGAACUGUUUUCUAGUAUUCCGAUUCAGUUUCUAGUGCUUUCUUCCCAAAUUCAGGUUAAAUCUAGUUUAAAUUCUCAUGUUGUCUGUCUACUUGCACUUUGAUUACUGCUUUGAUGUAAGAGAUUGCUAUUUGUCUUGAUAUGUUACCACGUGAGCUGUAUGUUCAAUGCCUGUCGGCUGCUGAUUUCAUACAAAGCUGUACUCUUCUAUUGCACUUGAGUUCUUCUGCUCCAAGGAGCACUGUAACGUGACCUUAAAGUGAGUUUUGCCAGAUAGAAAGUCACAUUUGUAGGAAUACAAAUUCUAUUGUUACAGAUAAAACUAUGGGGUCACUUCCUUCAGAGAUGUAUUUUAAAAGAUGCUUAUUCUUGUAGAAGUGUAUAAAAUACUUUUGGGCAAAUAGCAAACAUGAAAGUGGAAACAAUUGAGUUGUUUUAAUCCCGUGCCUUUUCAUUUUGCCAUAGUCUAUUUUACAGCAUUUACAUUUGAAAAAUAUAAUAUCAUUAUUUUUAAUUAAAAAAAAUACAACACGAUAGCCAAUUCAGCAAGGAUUUUGAUAUAGAAAUAGUUGGGUGACCUCCUUCAGUAGGUGUUCUAAUGGGAUGAUAUUUUAAAAUGCCAACAUUUAACACACUUUAAUUACUCUUCCAGCAAAUGUUUAUCUUUCUAGCAGAGGGAUCACUGGAAAGCAAGAUAUUCACUGUUGGUGCUUAGCUUGUGAAGUGCCAAAUCACACUAUUUGUUUGCUUCACAAAUUUUGUUUGCAGACAACUAACAAAAGGUUUGAUUAUCUAAACAAUAGGGAAAGAAAUGAAAAUGCCGUAACAGAAGCAGCUUUGCCCAUCAGAGAUGAUCUAUUGAAGUACUCUAGCCUGUGGGACAAUAAGAGCAGGCUAAAUCACUGAAUAAAGCCCUCCAAAUUCUUUUAUGAAUGUUAGUUUCACCUACUAAAGUGAAAUCGAGUUAUAGGUAAAUUGUAGCAUUUGUUGUAGCUAAGAAUAUAUAGUUCAAUUGCAUUUUAUUUCUAUCUUAGAAGUAAUUUUACAAGAUUACUUUCUGAGAGUCAGUGCUACCUCAGGGAUUAACCACUCGUCCAUGCCCUUCAAAGUCUUAGAGUUCAGUACAGAAUAGACAGUAAGCAGUCACAUAGGGUUUAGUUGCAGGUUCAUUUAUUUAAUCUCUCUUCAAAAGAUGAAGAACAGACUGCUCAGCACAUAGGGUUGCCUACUGCAAAUAAGUUGCACACAGAGCAUGAAGUUUGGCUUUCACCUUAGUUAAGAGGAAAACUGCUUCAUAUCCAAUUCUGACAAAGACCCAGAUUUAAGGCAGGUAAGUAAGAGAUGAUUUUUCAAUGGGAAUUGCUGGAUUCAUACAUGUAAGUGCCUGAAAAUGUUACGAUUGACCCACAUUCAAAAAAAAAAAAAAAAAACCCACAAAAAAAGACGAGGAGAGAGAGUGCACUAACAAGCUCCAAGAGUCCUUUCCACUAAAUAGAUAGAUAGAUAGACAGAUGAAAGUCCUAGAUUGAAUUAUAUCUGUAAUAGGCUUUAUUUUUCUCAGGUGUUACCUAUAUAGCUAUCAACAUGAUCUAAACCCCCUCCUUAGAAUGAAAUGCUGUCCAAGCUCUGUCCUGACCAGGAAGUGAGGUUAACCUUUCUCAUCACAUCUAAAAAUGAUGCUUCACAGAAUGAUCAUUUGACUACUGUUUCCUAUUUGAAAGAGUUUAACUUCUUCCAACAUUAAAUGUCUGGUUACAAGACAGUCAAGUGCUCUGAUAGAUCAGCUUUUGUAAUUUAAUUUGUGUAUGAUGGCAGGCAAAAAUAAAAUGUAUUUAACUGC